CCUCGCAAUCAAUUCCAAGAGCGUUCCAGUUGGACUUGUUCUUAUUCGUUCUCUGAGAUUGGGAAGGGGGUUUUCUUAAGGCUCCUUUUGGACUGAGACAAAAAGACUUUCUUUUUUUUUUCGAAGUUUCUUUGAUUUAGUGAGAAGUGCUACGUUUUCUAGUUAUCCUACUUUUUUAAAGUUAGGAAAGACCGGUUUUGGAAAAGGCUCUCUUAAAUUUCUUAGAAGGAAACUGUCAAGGCGACUAGCCAACGAGCCCACCCAGCCCAGGGAGAGAGAGAUUCUCAACUUAACUCAAAAGGUUAAUUCCUUCUUUGGCUCUCUCGAGAGAGAUUUACUCGUUGUCUCCCUUGUAAUCGGAGUGAACCAAGCCCCAGCCAUGGUGAUGUUCAAGAAAAUCAAGACUUUUGAGGUAGUCUUCAGCGACCCCGACAAAGUCUUCUGCAGUGGGGAGAAGGUGGCCGGUCGGGUGGUGGUCGAGGUGUGCGAGGUGACCCGGGUCAAGGCCGUGAGGAUCCUGGCUUGCGGGGUGGCCAAAGUCCUGUGGAUGCAGGGCUCGCAGCAGUGCAAGCAGGCGAUGGAGUACCUGCGUUACGAAGACACUCUUCUCCUGGAAGACCAUCCGGCCGCUAAUGAUGAGUCUGUGAUCCUGAGACCUGGAAACCUUUAUGAGUACAAGUUCGGCUUUGAACUUCCUCAAGGGCCUCUGGGGACCUCAUUCAAGGGGAAGUAUGGCUGUGUAGACUACUGGGUAAAGGCUUUCCUAGACCGUCCGAGCCAGCCCACUCAAGAAACCAAGAAGUACUUUGAAGUGAUGGAUCCAGUGGAUGUCAAUACCCCUGAUUUGAUGGCACCUGUUUCAGCCAAGAAGGAGAAAAAAGUUUCUUGCCUGUUUAUUCCAGAUGGGAGGGUAUCUGUGUCUGCCCGAAUUGACAGAAAAGGAUUUUGUGAAGGUGAUGAAAUCUCUAUCAAUGCUGACUUUGAGAACACAUGUUCACGCAUUGUCGUGCCCAAGGCUGCUAUUAUUGCCCGACACACCUACCUUGCCAAUGGCCAGACCAAGGUGUUGACCCAAAAGCUGUCUUCUGUUCGAGGCAACCAUAUAAUUUCUGGCACCUGUGAAUCAUGGCGUGGCAAAAGUCUCCGUGUGCAGAAGAUUAAACCCUCCAUCCUCGGCUGCAACAUCCUUCGUGUUGAAUACUCUUUAUUGAUCUAUGUCAGUGUACCUGGAUCUAAGAAAGUCAUCCUUGACCUGCCCCUAGUCAUUGGCAGCAAGUCAGGACUCAGUAGUCGGACAUCCAGCAUGGCUAGCCGAACCAGCUCUGAAAUGAGUUGGGUGGAUCUAAACAUCCCUGAUGCCCCAGAAGCACCUCCUUGCUACAUGGAUAUCAUUCCUGAAGAUCACAGGCUGGAGAGCCCUACCACUCCUCUCCUUGAUGAUAGCUCCCUGGACAGCCCUAUCUUUAUGUAUGCAUCUGAGUUCAAGUUUAUGCCUCCACCCACUUAUACUGAGGUGGAUCCCUGUAUUGUCAACAAUAACGUGCAGUGAAUGUACCAAAGAAGAGAAGCAGCUGUUUAUCUACCUGUUUCUUUCUGUCUCUCCUGGACUCAAUUUUUCAGAGGCAUGACAGUCUCCAUCCACCAUGGAGAUGGGUUCACCUUAACCUCUGUCUCUCUGAUGUUAGGAGAUCAGCAGGCAGUCAUCUCCUAAAAGCGAUGCCAGAGUGCACCCACUCUCUCAGCCAGUCUUGCUGUUAUGUCAUGGAGGGUGUUUGCUGGUUUGUGGGAGAUUUGGACUCUAUUGUGACUUGUUUCCUCUGAAUUCCCCUGAACUCUGAUGGGUUUUCAGUAGUUUGGAUCAGGAUUUGGGAUGGCCUCAAGAUUGGCCUUCCCAGGAUCUCUGGGGAGGGUGUGGGGUAUUGAUUGCAGUCACAGAAAGUUGGCUUCUGGGAACCUGCUUUUGUGCCAUGCCAGGCAAAAGUGAUUUAAUGAGCUGGGAAACAUAGAAAUAAAUAAUGGCCAAAAUUUUAGUGGGAAGAAGAGGCUUCCUGAAAUCAGUGUGGCCCUUCCCCCAUAUCUACUAUAUGUACAUGUUUAAAGGUGCUCCCAGUCUUGUAGAAAUUUUUCCUGAAGAAAAAGGGAAAUAAUCCAGUGUACUUCUCAGAUGACACAUUAUCCUUGUUUCAAAGCAAAGGCAAACUGACCCCUUGAGGAAGGCUGGUGAAAGCCUAUGGCUAAGCACUUUGUUCUUCCUCUUAUGAGAUUUUCUUAAGAGUUUGGGUUCAGUGUUGGUAGGAAGAGGAAGGCACAAAAAUCUUAACUCCCUUUGGAGUUCAUUCUGAAGUAUUGUUUUUAGCACUUUUAUUCUCUUGUUUUCCGUUGGGGAUUUUUCUCCUGGUCCCUAAACAUUAAACUAAAAUGUACCCCUUUGUCUCUGGGGUGGGUAGGGGAAAUCGAUGAUAUUGAUGAAAUCAUUAUUACCAACAGCUUCCUGAGGGCAGACUGAAUAAUACUGACAAUAGUAGCUAUUAGGCAGGGGCCUUCCAGUCCUAGUCCAGCAAAUUGAAAAAAAGAAACUACCAAAACACUCCAAAGCUGGGAUCAAAUACUGCCAAAUAACCUUUUAGGAAGCAAAUCAGAUUUGGGCAGGUUUCUCAACCCUGAACACACUCCCAGUGUUGAGAGAGAGAGAGAGAGAGAAAGCAGUUUUGAACUCCUUUCUCCCCUUAGCACUUAAUGAAUCAACCUAAGCAAUCAGCACUUUCUCUACUGUCUUGUGUCAAAGCACUGAUCCCCACUCUUAUCUGUGAACUGUACAACUAGAAAAUGGACUGAAAGUGGUUUUGGUUUGGUUUUUUAAAACUUGUAUCUUUUUGUAUGUUAAAAAUUAUAUUUUGUACUUUUUAACAGAAAUAUUUUCAACUCCAUGGAGGUCUUUUUUUAAAAAUAAAAAUGUUUAAAUACA